UUCUAGCUGUUGAGCUUUAGACACGUCAUGGUCUCCAAAACUAUAUAAAUUAAUAGAUAAACACAAUAUUAUUAAUGUCGAGACGAUAGCAACAUGGUUUACAUAGACCGAAAUGGUCGAGUGUGGGAGAAGCGUCCUUGGAAUCUUGAACGUAUUAUCGAAAUAUUUGUAGGACUUUGGUAUAUUUUGGUGCAAUUUGUUCAGACCCUACUCGCUCCUUUCAACGGUGGCAAUGGCACUAACCGCAACACUGGCCGACGCAAUGGUGGCUGGGGUGGUGGUGGCGGUGGUGGAGGAGGAGGUGGUGGCGGAGGAGGAGGAGGAGGUGGUCUAAGGCCCAAUAGACGCAUUGGACGAAUACAGCAGACCAUAGAUUCCUCAGCCUGUGCAAUGGGAGGUGGAUGAGGAUAGUAGCGGCGACUUAGAGUACCAAAUGCUCAGUCGCCGCUGACCCCAGCGUAGUCU